AUGUCCGACUCAGAUAGCCUACUGUUGGGUUUAGUCAUUUACUCGGCGGUUAAACCUAUAUUCAAAAUAUACUUCAUCAUUGCAAUAGGAUUUAUUCUAGCCAAACGAAAUAUUUUAACAGUGACGACAUGUCGAGAUAUAUCCGAUACUAUUGUGACGGCAAUCAUGCCGUGUUUGAUCUUCAACAAUAUGGUUAGCUACCUAAAAUCAUCCGAUAUCAAAAAUAUUGGUGUCAUUUUAUUCACUUCGUGCUUAUUGUUUACUUUUGGUGGGUUUCUGGCGUAUGGUAUACAUUUGAUUACAAAAUCCCCCAAACGAUGGUUAGGUGGACUAAUAUCAGUGGGGAUUUUCCCAAACAUUAGUGAUUUGCCCAUAGCCUAUCUACAAACAUUUGCAAAGGGAGGAACAAUAUUCACGUCAGCCGAGGGUAAUAAAGGUGUGGCAUAUGUUUGUAUCUUCCUUAUGGGAAUGACGUUGCUUCAGUUUUCCUUUGGGUUAUACCGAUUGAUACAGUGGGAUUUUAGGGAUGAGUUGUUGGGAGAUGAGGAGGAUUUGGAAAGGAGUUCAAGCGGUGCCACUAAUGAUACAAGUAAACUGGGCCACGACGGAGAUGACCUUGAGAAGAAAUCAACACGAAGAACGAGUGAUGAUGCAAGGGAUGCUCUACGAGCAACUGCACAAACACGUCAUAAUCCUGUAGAUGAAGAAGCCAUUGACACCUCAUCAGAUUCGAUUUUGAGCCAGCUGAGUGAAGAAGAGCGUAGAAGGCGAAGCAUAAUGGAUGAGGAGCAACAACAUAAUGAAUUUUUACGAGUACAAACGAGAAGGCAAGAAAGUCUGUCCAUGACCGGGUCUGGGUCCGGCUCAUUGAGUCGAAGAGCAUCAAGACGCAGAAGAGGCUCAGACAGUUCUGCUACCAGUGGUCCUUUAGAUUUGGUGCCACCGAGGUCAAAUGAUUUGAGAAGGCAGCAGUCGCAGAAUGUGGAGGACGUGAUUAAUGAGUAUUCCGAGUUUGAUGCAUUGAAGCACCACGAGUUGCAAAAGUCUCAUUCGAGACAAGAACCACUGGAUGAAGUAGAGCCAGAAAUCGUCGAGGAAAAAGAAUCGAAAGCUAAAUCCUUUGUCAAAAAGAUGUUGCAAAAUUUGCGAGCACCUACUUCGAUAUCGUUGCUUACAUCUAUUGCCAUUUGCAUGUCACCUCCUUUGAAAGCUUUAUUUGUAACUAGCACAUUCAGCAAGCAUAUUCCAAAUGCGCCCGAUGAGCAACCACCCUUGUCAUUUAUCAUUGAUUUGGUGAGCUAUGUUGGAAAUGCUUCAGUUCCAUUGGGGUUGCUUCUACUAGGUGCUACACUUGCUCGUUUGCAAGUUAAAAAGAUGCCACCUGGGUUUUGGAAAACAGCAUUAUUGAUAACAUUCACUCGACUCGUUGUACUCCCUAUAUUUGGAGUGGGUGUCACCACUGGAUUCAACAACGGUGGUUGGUAUGGUAAUGACAAACUCGUUAGAUUUGUUAGCGUAUUGGAAUUUGGAUUACCCAAUGCCACUUCACUAGUCUACUUUACUGCAUUUUACACAGAUCCUACAAGUGAUGAACAUUUACAAAUGGAUUGUUUAGCCAUUUGUUUGAUUACGCAAUAUUUAAUAUUAUGGUUUACAUUGCCCUUUUUGAUUACAUUCACGCUAAAAGUUUCAAUGGGCAUGUGA